ACUAUUAUUUGUUGUUUCCGGUGAUGGCUUCUAUCACGAAAACAAACCGGGGUACAUGGUCAUUUUUAUCUUAUAUUCGUCGACACGAAAAGAAAAAAAGUGUUCUAACAUGCGCACGGAACAUCAGAUCACAUCAGCAGUUAAGAUUUUACAAUUCAACUGAGAAAACGUCUGCUAAUAAUCGACAGUACUGCCUUAAUCUGAUACAAAAGUAUGACAAUGAAAACUUUCUGUGUACCCUUCUUUAUCCCAAAUCUGCAAGAGAAGCAGCCAUUGCCAUCAGAGCCUUCAAUGUAGAGAUUGCACAGGUUCAAGAUGUUGUCUCUGACAAACAACGUGGAGCAAUGCGAAUGGUGUUUUGGAGGGAUACCAUAGAGAAAAUAUAUCAGGGUUCUCCUCCCCAAACACCAAUAGCACUGGAACUAGCCAAGGUCAUACUGGAGCAUAAGCUGACAAAACAGUGGUUCAUGAGAUGUAUAGAUGCCAGGGCGGACCGACUAGAUAACGACUCCUUCAGAUCUGUGAAUGACCUUGAAGAUUACUGUGAACACUCUGUAUCGUCAGUCAUGUACCUGAUUCUGGAAAGUCUGGGUAUAAAAGACCUCCAGGCUGACCAUGCUGCCAGUCACAUAGGGCGUGCUCAUGGCUUAGUGACAUACCUGAGAGCGAUUCCUUUUAAUACAAGUCGAGGCCGAGUCAAUCUACCCACAGAAUUACUCAUAAAGUAUAAUGUGUCCCAAGAAGAUGUGUACAGAGGGAAGAAGCCAGAACUUGUCAAUGAUAUUGUGUAUGACAUCGCUAGUGUAGCCAUACAGCAUCUCCGUACUGCUCAGUCUUUGAAGAAAGAUGUGCCCAAGUCUGCUGUAUCUACAUUUUUGAAUGCUGUUAUAUGUGAGAAGUACCUGAUGGAUAUCCAAAAGGCUGAAUUUAAUGUGUUUGACUCUAAAUUACAAAGGAAAAAUGGACUCCUUCCUGUGCAACUGUUUCUUCAGAGCAUGAAACGGUCAUACUAGUGUGAAAGAAUGAUUGAGUGCUAGCAAUCAGUUCAGAUGAAAAUAAAUCUUAUAUCAAACAAAU